AUGGAGACGCCAAUUGACCCUAUGACUAGACAGAAAUCUUUUCGUCAGACUGCGUCAUGGCGGUCACCACAGUCGUCCACGUCGUCCGCGAACUCACGUCUCUCUACCCACCAUAAGGACCAUCUGCAAUGGCCCAGUGCAUGGGAGUCUCCGGUUUCAUACAAUCCAUCUCCUCGGUCUUAUCCUCUGGUCAAUUACCCUGACCAGCGAAAUGUUCAAUCGUAUUGCUCUCACGACCAAUACCAUCACCACCCUUUGUCGCUAGUCGGGGACAUCGAUCCCUUGGACUAUCUCGAUGUCUUCCAACCGCUUGAAGAUCCAUGUCAGGACACUGCAUGUCAAGACCUUGGACAAGCGCCGUUGAAAAGGGUUGCUUGGCCGUUAGACUUGAACCCUGCCUCCUCUGCGGAAAACUCGGUUGUGGACGUCGGAUCAGCUCCGACUGCAUUUCCACAAAAUUUCUUCCUUAAUCCCUUUGCCGUCUCUUUCCCGGGGGACAUUGCAUGUCCCACUCCGAUGUUUACGCUACCAGCCAUCAAACCAACCCCAUCCACAUCGGCGGUCAGCACAGGCAACAUCUCUCCUGACGUGACGUCAAGGAUGAGAUCUCCCGCAUUCCCGCCUGCGGUCGUAGUGGACACUCCGAAUCCGGUGACUACAGCUCAGUCGCAGCCGCCUGGAAAGAGUGUCACGCAGAAGAAGAGCCCUCUUUUCCAAUCAAUGGUCCCUGAUCGUCAAAUCCACUUUGUCGACAUGGCGGACAAGAAAGGGGCGCAGAGGAUUCGAAAUGGCAUCAAUUCUCGCAAACAUCGUCAAAACAAGCUCGACAAAAUCCGAGCGUUGGAGAAGAAGCUAGCGACUUGCGAGGCUGACAGGAGAAGAUGGCAGGGGAGGGCGACGGAAUUGGGUUGGAAGGAGGAUACCUGUCGUAAAUAG